GAUCCAUCUCGUUACGAUCCAUCUCCGAAAAUUCUACUUGCAACCGAGGCGAACCCGCCCACCAUGACGAAUCGCCAUGCUUGGCAGCUCGUAGUCGCUCGUAGUCGCGUUCCCAUCGCGGUCCAACCCGAACCACACCGGGUAUCACUCCGCAAGGCCGAAGGUAGGGAGCGAGCCAGGCUUUGUCAUGACGGCAACAAACACGUUCAGUCCAGGCAACCAGAUUCCUUCCUCACCGCUGCUGUCCCAUACGAAGGGCCAGGAUCGCUCAUCAGUCGUCCUGCCAUGACGAAUCGGUAAAAUCUGUAAAGUCCAAUGUCCAUGUAUACCCCUCCCUUCCACGCGUCCAGUAUCUCUUGCUUUGCAAAUCUCUUGCUUUGCAAGGUUCCUCACGCCGAAUGCACUCCUCUCAGCUUACAUGCAGGGCCACGAGGGCAUCGAAGUACUCAAGAUCGAAGGUGUCAUGAAUCUGCCGAGCCAAAAAUGGCCAAACUUUGUGCCGACGUUGAUUGCGUUAGACUCACGAUACCACCCAGAAGAAAGUCUCGUCCGAAGAGCCUGUGGCGAUGUAAUAAGUCUGAAGAUCCCAGCCACGCAUGCGCCUACCUCCCACGCGUGGCCCUCCGUCACUCACAUUGUCGAGACUGCUGUCGUAGAAGAGUAUGAUUCGGUAGCCCUGCGCUUUGUAGAUCAAGUACCUUGGAGGCCUCUUCCCAUUGCUUGACUGUCGGUCAUACUAUCAACUUUGAUC